AUGUCUACAGAGGAUAAGAUCUCACCGAUUAGCGCUCGUGUCCCAGAAGCGGACAGUGCAAGUGAUGUCCUCAAGCUUGGAGGCAAUGUUGGCGACAUCAUCCAGUCCAAGGGCGUCACCCGCAUGGAAGCUGUAUAUCGAGAGACAAAGGCAAAUCGCAAACUAUUCUGGCUUGUGGGGGGUUCAGUUCUUGUCUGUGCCUGGGCUUACUCGCUCGAUUCAUCUACGACAUCUUACUAUAGUGUGGAUGCCUCCUCUUACUUCAAACAGCACAGCUCUGUCUUGGCAACUCUGUCCAUUGCCACCAGCAUCAUAAGCGCCGUUUCUAAGCCUUUUAUCGCAAAAAUCUCUGACAUUACGUCCCGUCCGUAUACAUAUCUUCUAAUACUCGGAUUUUAUAUCAUUGGCUAUAUAAUCGCCGCCACAUCCAAGACAGUCUCCGCUUAUGUUGUUGGAGAGGUUUUCGUUGCAAUUGGUGGUUCCGGCAUUGAUCUCACCAAUGAUAUUAUUGUUGCUGAUUUAACGCCCCUGGAGUGGCGCGGCUUUGCCAGCUCUAUGCUCUCUACCCCGUUUAUCAUCAACACUUGGUUUUCAGGCAAGAUUGUCAAUGCGUUGGAGAAGCGCAAUCAGUGGCGUUGGGGAUAUGGCAUGUUCGCUAUAAUCAUGCCGGUUGCCCUGGGCCCUGCCGUUGCAGCACUGAUUUGGCUUGAUCGAAUGGCUAAGAAGAAGGGAAUUGCAAAUAUCGCGUCCAGUAGCGCCGCACGCCGCACAACCAAUAGCAGCGCAGACCAAGAGAAUCAGGAGAAGACUGUGAAUACCAUUACCACCCCAGUGGCCGGCAAUACUAAGCAACAAUGGACUCAUUCACUGAAGACAAAUCUCGAAGAAAUUGAUGCAUUUGGUCUGAUUCUCCUUGGCUUUGGGUGGUCACUACUUCUACUGCCAUUUUCGCUCAAGACUUAUGCUGAUCACGGGUGGCGCAACCAAUCGCUCAUCGCCAUGAUGAUUCUGGGUGGCCUUUUUCUGAUUGCAUAUGUUGUCUUCGAGAUGAAGUUUGCUCGUGUUCCUAGUGCGCCGCGUCGACUCGUUUUCAACAAAACAUUCAUCAUGGCAAUUAUCAUCGAUUCCUUUUAUAUGCUGGCCGGAAAUAUUCGCAGUCUCUACUGGAGUUCAUACGUCUAUGUCGCAAAGCCAUGGAGCUACCAAGAUUGGGUGUAUUACGGCAACACUUUGACAUUGGCGUUGUGCAUUACUGGCCCGUUUGUUGGCCUCGCCCAGCGCUGGACUCAUCGCUAUAAACUGAUUCAGAUUGUGGGUCUUGGCAUCAAGAUUAUCGGAAUCGGCAUCAUGUUGGAUGGGCGUGUUGCAGCCAUCAGUACUGGCGCGCUUGUCAUGUCGAGCAUUCUUGUUGGCGUUGGUGGCUCGAUGUCUGUUGUAGGAUCUCGAGUGGCCUCUCAAGCUUCCGUCCCUCACCAAGAUGUCGCUCUCGCCGUAUCUUUACUUUCACUGUGGUCAAAGAUUGGCAGUGCUAUUGGCUCUGCUAUUGUCGCCGUCAUUUGGUCCAAUCAAAUGCCCAAGCAGCUCCGAGAAUAUUUGCCUGCCGGUACCUCGGAAGCAACUGUGAAGAAGCUCUUUGGCGAUAUGCGUUCUCUGCGCACUGCUUAUGACUUUGACGACCCCAUCCGACAAGGCGCCAUUACAGCUUAUCGCCAUGCCCUGUAUUACUGCAUUACAGUGGCCCUAGCCUUGGCUUUUAUCCCUCUUGUAGCGGCUUUCUUUCAGACCAAUUACUUUCUGGGCAAGCAACAAAAUGCCGUUACGGACGUGGGAAAUGAUGGUCUGCCCUUAGACGAGAGAAGUCGUAAUCCAGACCCCUUACCGCCGCCUAGGAACAAGAAGGAAGCGUUCCUCCGUUUUUGGUCUGGUAGCGCUUGA